AGCACCACCGCCGUCCGCGUGCUCCACCCCUUGACGCUCGUCGCCGUCGACUUCCCGUCCCUCGCAAGUCGCAACCGUGUACCACGAGGAGGUCGAUGACAUGGCCUCUCUCCGGGGCAUGAAGGCUACCGUAUGCAGCCACAGGGAUCCGACAACGAGCUCGAUCGCGGUCGUGGUCCGGUUCCCCUACGGAAAUGUCGUAGUCGCCGCUGAGGCCGGCUCGGACCAUUGGGAGGUUCUCCAGCGCCGCCACGGGAAGCUCUCUAUCCGGAACACCUUGCCCUUCCAAGGGAGGCUCUACGCCACCACUUUACACCCGCCGUCACCGGAGAUCCUGCAGCUGUACCCUCCCGGACCAACAAUCGAUAACAUGGUCGCCACGGUGCCGGGCGCCGUGCGCUAUUCGCGCUACCGUGACACCCUCCACCUUGUGGAGUCCGCCGGACGGAUGCUGCUCGUCGUCCGGCAUGUCAUGGCUCGAGUAACCUUCGCGAUCUACUCGGUGGACUUCGACGACGUCGACAACAAUGGCGGCCGCCCGACGCUGACGCCGGUGAGCUGCCUCGGCGACCGCGCGCUAUUUCUCGGCGGAGACGUAUGCCUGUCCGUCUCGGCAAGGGACCUCCCUUCACUGAGCAGCAACUCCAUCUACUUCUCCACGCCCUUCUACCCUCUUCAAGUGCGCUCAGUGGUGGCCGACGACCCCGGCCGUUGGAGGCGGUCCGAGGAGUUGACGACGCAAUGCCAGAUACACGACAGGAAGGAGAGGACCCGACCCUCGGUGCGCCCCUUCACCAUUGCCCAUCAUCUCCUCACCUUCUGCCACCCUCGUGAGUGGACCAAAGGGCUCAUGUUCCACGAGUACCAUGUCAUACCUGAAUCUUUCAAGGAGCUGCGGAAGAAGAUCAGGGCAAAAGACUCGCAGCUGCGGGUUCCACUCGUCCCCAGCAAUAUCAAAAGUACUCAUCUAUAUGGACAUGAUUGAAUAAUGCGACUCGAGAAUCCUCUGCCUCUUGCUCUGGAACUGGAACGGGCUACCAGUACCACCACAUACCAGCUCUGGUGAAGCAAC